AUGUUGCGACAACCUAAAAGUCUAGUAAAACCAAUUGACUCAAAUAAACCAGAGCUUCAAGAUAUAUAUGAUAAGAAAAUUGAAAGCCAAAAAUCCUGUGCAACAAGGCACAUUUUUCUUAUUAGACAUGGCCAGUACAAUGUAUCUGGCGAGACUGAUGGAGAAAGAAAGUUGACUGAAUUAGGUAGACAACAAGCUCUGUUUACUGGUGAGCGUUUAAGAAUAUUGAAUUAUCCAUGGACAACAAUUACACAGUCAACAAUGACUCGUGCAAUGGAAACUUGUUCAAUAAUCCAAAAACAAUUGUCUCCAGAUAUUCCUUUGACAUCAUCUGAUUUAUUAAUUGAAGGAGCUCCAGUACAACCAGAUCCGCCAUCUAAACGUUGGAAACCUGAGUUAUAUCAGUUUUAUAGGGAUGGAGCUCGUAUAGAAGCGGCUUUUCGAAAAUUCAUUCAUAGAGCGCCUCCUGAACAAAAUGAAGACUCUUAUGAAUUAAUAAUUUGUCAUGCAAAUGUUAUAAGAUAUUUUGUUAUGAGAUCAUUGCAGUUGACACCAGAGGCAUGGUUACGUUUGAGCUUAGAUCAUGCAAGUAUUACAUGGCUUUCUAUUUUUCCUAAUGGAAGAGUAGCUUUACGAUGUUACAGUAAUUCAGGAUACAUGCCACCAGAUGCAAUUAGUCAUUAA